UGGCGGACGUCCUGCUUCAAAUUCUAGACGUAGUUCUUUCUUACUGAUCACUUCGUUGUUUUGCAACCGUUCCCAAAAAUUUUCCAGUCUUCUCAAUUGCACUGAUCUAUACAGUUGUGAGCAGAAUGUCGAGCUGGCUGCGUAAGAAGAAACAGCAAAUUGGCGCUAUUCACCUCCUCGCACCAGGAGGACAAGCGGACUGGAUUAUUCCCAUAGAAUUCAAGCCUCGUCUUCUCGUUCAAGAUUUGAUCAACUUGGCCGCAGAGAAAGCGAAGAUAAAGACGAUAGCCGUGCCGUUUUUUGGCCUCUACAAUCGUGAAAGUCGGUACUGGCUCUAUCCAUUUCGCUACUUGGACAAGAAUGACGCAGCCAUAGAUUGGUCAUUCCGUGUGCAAUUUAAAGUGAAGAACAGCGUGGAGUUGAGACGCCUCGACUCUGUAGCGUUUGAGUAUUAUAUCAUGCAGUGUAGAUCUGACUUCGUGUCUGACGCGUAUUCUAACGUUGGCCUACAGGAUGCCCUGCGUCUUGCUUGUCUAGACAUUCUUCUUGCCACACUGAGGUUGAAUAUAACCUUUCAGAGUGCCUUGAAACAAUUUGGUCUUCAACACUUCUUGCCUAAAUCAGCCAGAGACAAACUGAAAACACAAGAUGCACUGAUUGAUGUUCUUACUCGAAGCUUCAAGAAUUUUGAAAACAUGACCGAUGAGGCUGCAGCUAUUCGAUAUGUGGAAAUUAUUGAGCAGUUGCCCAGCUUUGACGUUCAUCGGUUUAAGAUGAAUCUCGCUCAAUCUGUGAUGGGAGAGAGCAUCUCAGAGUCUGUGGUUGUGACUUUGUCUCAUUUGUCUGGUCUAGUUCUAGUUCGACAGGAGGUGUAUAAGGAAAGUAUUUGUAGUUUGAAUGAUGUUGCGUCUGUUCGAACUUGUACGAGUGCUGGUUCAGGCAGUCUACUUGUACAUUUAAAUCGAGCAAAUGGUGCUACUCGUGUGUUUUCAUGUGGUAGCAUGAAGACAUUAGAGACAUUUUGUAGUAUGGUAGAUGGCUACUGCCGACUACUAAUUGAUAACACAAAGACAAUUAUAGAAGGAAUUAUUCAUCCCGAUGGCCACAUACCCAGAAUGGGGUUAGGUAGUGGUCCACUUAUUAGGAAACAAAGUCCUACAAAUGGAAGAGGACAGCAUGUUCACUCUAAUGGCACAGUUGUUAUUGAGUCUGUUGGCUCAGAGCAACACGGUCAGUCAGUCCGUGAGAAGCCAUGUGAUUUGGACGAAGAGAAAUUACAAGUUCAUGGACCCAUUAGUCGAGAUGAAGCAAAACAGCUGCUUCAAACAGCCGGUCUUGUUGAUGGAUUGUAUCUAGUACGUGAAAAUGCUCGAGUGAAGGGAGGCUAUAGUCUCUCGGUGUGCAUUGGCAAUGAAGUGAAACACUACCUUAUUCAGCGACAUUGCGAAGGUUAUGGAAUACAAGAUGGACUUCGCUAUCCAACGGUGUCAAACCUGCUGAACCAUUAUCAUGAAGAGAGGGAUGGCUUAUGUACAAAACUGGUCAAGGUGUGUUUACCAGUACCUACUAAAGAUUCUCCAUUUAUUGAUCGGAAGAUCGAAACAGAGGAACAGCCGCCUCCUGUGCCUUUGUCACCAAGACCUAAUACACAAUGCUCACUGUCUUCCAAUUUGGUGACUGUGUGUGGUAAGGUAGGAGAGGGUCUGUUUGGAAAUAUCCAUUUGGGAGAAAUGAAAGUGAGGGAUGGUGACAGUGACCAAGUUACCGUUUUGCUCAGUUGUUUAGACAAUGCUAGUUUUGUGGUUGGUAAACAAUUGACUCAAUUUUCCUCGACACUUUUCCGGCUGAAUCAUAAGCGUUUAGUGAAGUAUUUCGGUCUCCACACUGUUGCCAAAAGCACAUACCUGGUUCAGGAAUUUGCACCUUUGGGUCCAAUUGAUGAACACUUGGCUAAACACAAACAAUCAGAGAUGUCAGAGAAAUUUCUACUUGGUGUAGCUGCUCAAGUUGCUGAAGGAUUAUCGUACUUGGAUUCACAGAGUUGUGUUCAUGGUGGCCUUACUGCUCACUCUGUGCUGCUCGUGUCACCCAGUACCGUCAAGAUAUCGGACGUGGGUCUAGUAGGUCAGACUGCAGCAGUCAGCCCUGACUAUUUCAACGAAGAGCAUGGAUUAGGAAGACAUCUCUUGCCUUGGCUUGCUGUUGAAUGUGUCAAUGGUGUUUCUCUAUCCCAUGCAAGUGAUGUAUGGGCAGCUGGAGUAGUACUUUGGGAAUUGUUCAAUUAUGGAAAACGAAAGCCAUUUGACUCUCUUUCCCCAACUCAGGUUAAGAAUCUUAUCAAAACAGGACAACAACUGAGUGCAAUACAAGGGUGUUCAGCUGGUGUUUAUGAACUGAUGAAACAGUGCUGGUCUGAUGUAUCUACUAGAUUGUCUAGUCGUGGUCUGUGUGAGGCUCUGCUAACAUUAGCCAGAAAAGUUAGUGCAUCUAAUCCCUCUGGUGAUUCUCUUCAAACUACUCAGAUUGCUAGUUCAACAGGAAAGCUAGGAUUUUGUCAAGAUGGCAGUGAUGUGCAACACAGAGUAGCAAGCACUUCUGUUUUUCAUCAAAGAAGUUUUUCAGAUUCUGGUCAACCUGAUCACUCAUCUUCUGAAUUGGCCUCACAAAGGAGUACAGAGUUAAACCCGACUUUUGCAAGAAGCAUGUCGUGUUCUGGUCGAGCUGGUCAAGCCAUUACUGUACAACACCCAUCUUCUGCAUUGACCUCACAGAGGACUUUAGUGACUGGUCCGGUCGCUAAACCUAGGAAAUCGCCUAAAUUGCGUAACCAAGGGGCUCCAAGUCCUAUGAGUCUGGGAUUGGAAGAGUUGGCAAAGACUAGCAUCAUUCAUGCUAGUGAGCUGAGUUUGUUAGCAGACUUGGGAUCGGGCCAGUUUGGUGUGGUGAAGAAAGCAGUAUGGAUGAAAUCUGAUGGUACAAAGCAAGAAACCGCUGUAAAGGCAUUGAUAGCUGACGCUGACGUACAUCAGCAGCAAGACUUCUUUCAGGAAGCCAAGUCAAUGAUCGCAUUAGACAACCCCUACAUAGUCAGGCUGCUGGGCAUUUGUUUCGAACCUUCUUUACUUCUUGUCACAGAACUCGUAUCUCUUGGUGCUGUCAAUAGUUAUCUUCGAAAUCUAAGGCAUGAGCCUCCAGCCACUAAUACAUUGAUUCGCUACUGCCUACAGAUUGCUACCGGAAUGACAUAUUUGGCAUCUCAGAAAUUUGUUCAUAGAGAUCUGGCUGCAAGGAACAUUCUAGUCGCAUCUCCCCAGCUUGUCAAGAUUGCUGAUUUUGGACUUUCUCGUGUAUUUGGCGGUGAGAAAGAGUAUUAUGUGGCUGCAAACCAGGGGCAGUGGCCACUUAAAUGGUAUGCACCAGAGUCAAUCAAUUUCAAGAGAUUUUCUCACAAGAGUGAUGUAUGGAGUUAUGGCGUAGCAAUUUGGGAGAUAUUCAUGCUUGGCAGAAAACCCUAUGGCAAGAUACUGCCUAGGAGUAUAAUGGAGUAUAUUGACAGUGGAAAACGUUUGUCAAAACCUGACUUGUGUCCACAAAGUGUCUAUGAAGUAAUGCAGAGCUGCUGGGAAUACGAACAGGAGGACAGACCUACAUUUGACGAAAUUUGUCAGAAAAUGGAAUGUUUUUGGAAGCAAAGGAGCAAACAAACCACGUGAUGCAAACAAUCAUGCGCUUAAUUGGCAAUCUUUUAUUUGUACUGCAGCUGGCUGUCAACUUGUAGCUAAAUUUUUAUAACUAUAUCACUGAGUCAUUUGCAGGCAACAUCUUUUGCAUAACUAAUUGAUUAGUUAGUAUUGAAUAUUCAUAGUCCACCAUUUGCUGGAAUA